AUGAGGCGAGGUCGUUCACCAAGCUCGCCAUCGCCUUAUAGGGCUUUGGCUCAUCAUCAGCAGGCCUCGGCUGCUGCGACAUCCUCAGACUCCAUUUCAUUGAUUCGGUCUUUCAAUGUCGAAACAAACCCAACGCGGCCAGUGCGGCCUUCGCCGCUCACAGCAUCGCUUAUCCGAGACAUGCCGCUAGAUCUGGUUGACCGCAUCAGGUCCUUCCCUCUCUUUAUGUCAGCUCCGGAAGAGUUUCUUGUUGCUAUAGGAAAUCACCUGAAGCCUCAAAUCCAAAGCCCCAAUGACCACAUCGUGACGGAAGGAGACGAAGCCAAGGCAAUGUAUUGGUUGGUUCGAGGAGUAGUUGCUGUCACUUCGCGUGACGGUGAGGCGGUCUAUGCUGAGCUCAAUCCCGGUUCGUUCUUUGGAGAAAUCGGUGUUUUGAUGCAGAUGCCUCGAACAGCUACUAUUGUAGCGCGUACGAAGUGUCUGUUGCUAGUGCUUAAGAAAGAGGAUUUACAUGCCGUGAUACCCAAAUUCCCAGAAAUGGAGAAGGCGAUCCGGGAAGAGGCACAGGAACGCUUGAACCUCCUGAAAAAGAAGCGGCAAGAAAGUGGAAGAUUGGUCAAAUCCCCUCAGGGAGACUUCAGCGCUCGAGAACCCGCUCCUGGAGAGGUUUCUACUGGAGAAAGGGGCGCUAUCAAGGACGGUGCGGUCGUCAACAACAAGAAAAGAAAGUCCCCAAGCCCUGGAAUCAUGGAGGACCCAGCUGCUGGUAGUGCGAUUGGAAGCGGUCAAAUCAAUAUUCGAACAACACUUAAGGAGUUACCGCUCUUCUCUACACUUCCUGCAGAUAUUCUGCAUUUCUUGGGAUUGAGUGUUCAACCGAAAUCCUAUACCCCGUUUACAGAUAUCGUUCGGCAAGGCUUACCAGGAAACGAAAUUUUCUUCAUUGUUCGUGGCGAGGCGGAGGUUAUUCACGAUGAGCCAGUUUACGACGAUAACAUUCAGAACAAGGCCAAGGCUAUCCCAAAACGGCCUCGAUUGAAGGCUGGUCAAUAUUUCGGCGAAGUUGCAAGUCUUGGAUUGUCGCGUGGUCGAACAGCCACUGUAAGAUCUAUCACUUCGGUGGAAUGUAUCAUGAUCACAGGCGAUGUCCUCGACGAGUUCUGGAGACGCUGCCCUUCAGACAUCCUGAAACAGGUUAAAGAAACUGCACGAUUGCGAUAUCAGAAACAGAGCGACGAUGUUGUUAUGGUUGAUGUUGAUGUUAAGGAAAAGGUCAACAAAUCUGACCCGCCUACACCUACAACACCAACACGAGCAUCCCUCCCUGACCUCACCUUCACUACCCCGUCCAAGCCUGGGUCUCCAGCGAAAGAUGAUACAAGCAACAUAGCACCUAAGGACCCCGAUCCGUUCUUGAGUGUGAACAUGGAGAAUAUCCGAAAUCGAAGACGACAUUCGUUGGCACCUCCAGUGCCUCCAACAGACAGCUCUACCCCAACGACCAACGGUGCGAGGUCUCGCCUCUCAGAAGUAACUCCUAUCAAAUUUGCGUUUUCUGAUGCUUCAGCUGACGACGAUGACGUCCCGGCAAAGCGAGUACGGACGACUCUGCCCACCCGACCAAUCACAAUGAGCAAACCAGUGCUCUCAGAUGAGAUCCUGAUUUACAUCUUCAAGCACGUGGAUAUAGGAGAGCUGUUUCGACUACGCCUUGUUAGCACACACUGGCGUAAGCUCCUGACUACAUCCCCCAAAGUUUGCCAGGAUGUCGACCUCUCAAUUUACAACCGUAAGGUUACUGACGAAGUCCUGAUCAAGGUGCUUGCUCCCUUCAUUGGCACUCGCGCUCUGUCCAUCGACCUGAAUAAUUGCUUUCACAUAACGGAUGAAGGGUUUGGAGCUUUAUGGCGCAGUUGCGGCAAAAAUGUUAAGAAGUGGAAGAUGAAGUCGGUUUGGGAUGUUUCCGCGAACCAAAUUUUGGAGAUGAGCGAGAACGCAAAGGGAUUAGAAGAAGUUGACUGGAGCAACUGCCGCAAGGUCGGUGAUAAUCUUCUAGGCCGCGUUGUUGGCUGGGUUGUACCCGAUCCACCACCUUCGAAAUCAGUCGUUAUCUCAAGUUCUGCAGCUCGAUCGCGAAGCAAGCAGCAGCAACAGAAGCAUGCCGCACAGCACGUUCUGCCACCAGGUACAGUAGUUGGGUGCCCGAAACUCAAACGCCUCAAUCUCUCCUAUUGCAAGCACAUCACAGAUCGUUCCAUGGCUCAUUUAGCAGCACACGCUUCGAACCGUAUCGAGUCGCUGUCCCUCACGCGUUGCACAUCGAUUACAGAUGCAGGGUUUCAAUCAUGGGCGCCAUUCCGGUUUGAAAAGCUAUCUAGGCUGUGCCUAGCUGAUUGCACAUAUCUCUCGGACAACGCUGUCGUUGCCUUGGUUAACUCAGCCAAGAACCUUACACAUCUGGACCUAUCGUUCUGCUGUGCACUCUCUGACACGGCGACAGAGGUUGUCGCUCUCCGUCUGCCAAAGUUGCGGGAGCUGCGAUUGGCGUUCUGCGGAAGUGCGGUUAGCGAUGGAAGUUUGGAAAGCGUGGCGCUCCACUUGAACGAUUUGGAAGCCCUCAGUGUUCGUGGCUGCGUGCGUGUCACUGGCCGAGGCGUCGAAAAUGUCCUCAACGGCUGCGGGCGACUGAACUGGAUGGAUGUCAGUCAAUGCCGUAACUUGGAGUCAUGGAUCCGAGCCGGUGGUGUUUCGAACUGGGGGUUUGAUGACCGCGUUGGUCAACGUUCUACGGAGCCCACGUCAAGCGAAACCUCUGGACAGGGACAAUCAGAGGAUGAUGGUCCUGCGCCCAAGGCCAUGAGCGUUGCUAUGCUCACAUCGCAGAACUUUAUGCCACGAUCUGCGUUUGGAUACAGAGCCAAGAGAGCACGACGACCCGGCCCUGCGCGACUUGCGCAGAGGCUUCCUGAGCUCUCAAAGACUGCUUUCCGCAACACCGCAUCCGUCCGAAGCUUCCACGUUCAGUCCAAGCCUACAGCCAACUUCUUCACAUCGCGCGUCACAUCCGCAGCCACCCGCAAUGCUUUCCAACGAACAAGCCGCGCUGGCGGUCGAUCUUAUAACCAGCAAGCUGCGGGAGCUGCCACAGCGCCCCAAUCGACAAGCCGACGACUCUUGGUUGGAGGUGCCAUCUUUGGUGGUACGCUUGUUGCCAUCAAUGCUGUCUUUAACCGGGAGACCCGUGAGGAUGGUGGCAUGCCCGUUUACGAGCGCGAAUACCUGAACAACACUUUCCUGCACACUGGUCUCGGAAUUGGCAUCAUUGGAUUGACGGCUCGACAAAUGGUUCAGACCGGCUUCGUUUACCGAAUCAUGGUUACUAACCCUUGGGUUGUUGGAAUUGGUGGUCUCGCUCUCAGCUUCGCCACCAUGAUUGGAACUCGAUCUAUCAGCCCUGACAACUACAUCCCUAAGUACGCCCUCUGGACCGCUUUUAACGCCACUCAGGCUGCCUUUGUCGCCCCUCUCCUCGCCUUCGUCCCUCCUGCUCUCCUUGGACGUGCCGGUCUCUACACCAUCGCCAUGAUGGGUGGUCUUGCUGUUGUCGGUGCCACUGCUAAGCAGGAGAAGUACCUCUACAUUGGUGGUCCUCUCCUGGCUGGUGCCGCCAUCGUCGCUGCUUCUGGUCUCGCCCCUCUCGUCAUCCCCGCCACCGCUAUCCGAACCCUAGCCUUCACUGAGAGCAUCUGGUUGUACGGUGGUCUUGCUGUCUUUGGUGGUUUCACUCUGUACGAUGUCCAGAAGGUCCUCCACCACGCUCGCCUCGCCCAGGCUGGUGUCAUCCGCCGUGACCCCGUCAAUGAGAGUAUCUCUCUUGAGCUUGACUUCCUCAACAUCUUCAUCCGCAUGGUUCAGAUCCUGAUGAUGCAGCAGAACCGACGCAAGUAA